AUGCCUCUGGAACAGACCGUCACUAUUGUCAACAACUCGGGCAAGAUAAUCAGCACGGGCAAACAACUCCUCUCCAUCUUCAAAGAGGCCAAGGGCGCCUACCAGGACAAAAAAGCAGAGCUCCAGUCGGAGCGCUCCGUCCGGCGAUCCCAGACCUUUGACGCCGCUCGCAGCGUCUGCCGCCACGACGACUCGCACCGCUCAAAGUCGGACUACGACCCCAGUGCCCGCCUCUACGACCGUCGCCAGAUAAAGGACGGCUACGACGACGACGACGACUACGACUACAAAGACGACCACGGCCAUGACUACAAAGAAGACCACGGCCAUGACGACUACUACUACAGCUACGGCGGCCGGCGCCAAUCGCACGAUGCCUACAGCGAGACGGGCUCGCGGAGGAGCCGCCGUUCCUCGAGGCACCACCAUCACCACCACCGACACCCUCGUGGCGGGGCCCUGACGGAGAUCAACCUCAAGACCCUGAGCGAGGUGUCGGGCCGCCCCCCCAGCAGAGCGCCCCGGCAACAGCAGCAGCCGCCGUCGGUCGCCUACCGAAGCCCCUACGCCGAGACGAUGCCCCUCGACAUGGCCCUAUCCAAGCUCGACGUCUCGCAAGCCACCGCCGACGCCAUGCUGGUCCCGCGCCGUCGCUCGGAGCCCGAUAUAGCCACGGGAGGCAAAGAGAUCGACAUGAACCUCGCCUACGGCAACAUUCCCCCCGAUCUCGCCGACCGCGUCGACCUCGACCCGGGCCGCGGCUCCGAGCUCGACCGCAACCGCGCCCAGCAGCUCGUCCAUAAGGUCGAAGGCCUGCUCGAUGAGGCGCACUGCCUGCAGCACUCGGCCACCACCAUAAUCAAGAGCCUGCAGGAGAAGCCCGACGCCGCCGCAGAGGUCGCCCUGACCCUCGCCGACCUGUCCUCGGCCGUCGCCAAGAUGUCGCCCUCGUUCCUCGGCCUGCUCAAGGGCGGCUCCCCCGCCGUCUUUGCCCUGCUCGCCUCGCCCCAGUUUCUCAUCGGCACCGGUAUCGCCGUUGGCGUCACCGUCGUCAUGUUUGGCGGCUGGAAGAUUAUGAAGAAGGUCACGGACGCCCAGGCCCCACGUGAGGCGAGGGCCCUCGAGGGCGUUCCCGAAGACCGUCCCGCCCCCCUACGCACCCAAAGCGACUACGCCCACCAGAGCAGCGGCGUCGAAGAGGCCCUCGUUUUCGACGAGGAGCUCAGCACCAUUGAGACGUGGCGCCGUGGCAUCCUGCCUUUUGGCCCCGGGGCCGAGAGCGCAGAUCUGGAGCUCAUCACUCCCCAGGCCGACCGCGCCACCCGCGAGAACUCACGUACGCGCAAGAGGAGCAAAUCUCACCGCAAGAACUCCAAGGAGAAGGAGGCCUUUGACCCGAAGAGCAGCGGCGGCAGCCGCAGACGCUCGCCCCCGGACGCCGUCUCGGUCAGCGGCGGCAGCGAUGCACGGAGCAAGCGGUCGGUCAAGGUUGGCAAGGACAGAUCGACCAAGGCCCUCGAGGACGGGCGUGGCAGCAGCAAAGGCGACGGCGACGGGCUCGACGUCGUGUUCCGGCCCCGGGCGCGACACGGGGACAACAUGCUCAAGGCCAUCUUCCGGAACAAGAAGGAAAAGGAGGCGGACGGCGGCGGCAGCAAGAGAGAGCUGGUCCUGGCUUAG